UCUUUUGGUCACACUAUCAGCUGUCUUGGCAAAAACACAGCUCGUGUUGUUACUUCUAUUUAGUUAAACCUCUGUAAAUAUUGUGGUUGUUAAUUAAAAUGCUGCUGAAACAGUUGCCACAAGUUGUGCAGCAGUUUCGCUGCAUUUCCUCCGACACGGCAGUAACCAGACUACAUCGCUCUGUCUAUUGCCGGUUAUAUCCCACGGUAGUUGUUCAACCCGAUGGUUCCACGAUAAACAUACGCUAUCACGAACCAAGAAAGAUUAUCAAGCUUCCUCUGGAUUUAAGCACUUUGACUGAUGCCGAGCGCAGAUCCCGUCUGGAAGCCCGCAAGCCGCGCAAGAAGGUCAAGAUCAUGGAGGAAGUAGAAGACAACUUUAAUGCCAAGAAGUACAUGAAGUACAUCAAGAAAAAGUAGACCUGUUAAAUUGUUAAAUAUAACAUAAAAGCUUA